AUGGAUUUGCCAAAAUCAUAUGCAGAUGAAAUUUAUGAGACAAAGCAAUUAAUUAAAAAGCUCAAAAACAAGCCAGAACCUGCUGAAGACUCAUCAUGAGAGCAAUUCAAAAACUCGCUUACUCCUUCAAUACAGUUAUUUAAGGCUAAUUUUAAGAUUAAGGCUCCUUAUGUAGCAUCUUAUAAAAGAUAAGCCUUGAAGAAGCCUAAUCAGACACGGGUGAAUCUCCUCGUUGUGUUGCAUUUUCACUAAUAUAGCCCACAAACUGCUUUAGCCUAUUCUUAAUGCUGUUCCAGAACCUUGAAGUGAGCAGUUUAGAGACUUUAAGACUGCUGCUUCAGUGACUGGAGCUUCAGCUAGAUAAACUCUCUCGCUAGUAUCUAUACCAACUAUGAUCCCUCUGGAGCAUUUGUUGCCUCUAGGGUUAUAAAGCUUUUCUCCAAAGCGUCCAUCAGAAGCACACACAAAGUCUUCAUUGCUGACGAGGAAGCUAAUCCCACCUAAACUAAAACCCAGCACAUGGAAUCUUCAUUUUCCUGCUCGGCUUCCUUCAAAUCAUAACAAGGUCUCCAAGCUCCGAGCAAGCCGUUAAUUCAGCAGUAAAAUAACAAAUGCUUACGCUAUUAUUUUUAAAUGUACAAUUAAUAAAUAUUUAAUUUUUUUAAUAAAGCAUAAUAAUUUAUAUAAUUCAAAUAGGCAAAAAAUUUUGCUGAUUCUCAGGUGAGUUAGGAUUAUCCAGCAUUCAGAGUGAGAACUUUUUUCAUUGUUUUUUAUUAAUAUCAUGCUAAGUUUAGACUAUUACAUUUUGACGACAAUGAUUCCUCUUUAUUUCUCUCAGCAGCAAGGUGCAUCUGAUACUGGAGCAGGAAUUGUUUUUGGCGUUGUCGGCAUUGUGGUAGGGAUUUUGGCUAUUAUUCUUGGUCCAUUUGUCAAUAAGUUAGGAUGUAAACAGUCCUUAAUCAUAUCAAGUGGGUGUACCUUUAUUGGCUAUACACUCCUCCUGGUGACCAGAAAUCUUGCAAUAAACCUAAUUGGAGUUAUAUGUUUUUUAACUGUUGGUUGCGCAAUGUCAUGAUCUGUUGUUGAAUUAGGUGCUAAAUUAUAUACAGCCAAAGAAGCAAGAAAUACAAGCAAUUCAUUAUUAAUGAUGGGAAAUUUUGUCUCUGGGAUUUUGGCUGGAACUGCUAUUGAUUUUAUAUGGACAAACAACAGCAAUUUAAACACAACUUAUUUCGCUAUUUAUAGCACCGCUGCAAUUGCUGCAGGAUUAUCCUUAUUUAUAGCAAUAUCUAUGAGACAGCCUAUCGAAAAUGAGGAAGAAGAGGAAGAAAUAGCUUUUACAAGAGAUUUGUAUAUAAAAAAGAAAUUUUGAAGAUUCUCUGCAUUAAUUGGAUUAUUGAUUUUACUCAGAAGUGGGUGCUUUGGACAGUUAGAUGCAACUUUUCCGAAGUAUCUUACAAGGCAAGAAGGAGAAAAAGCCCAUUUUGGAGCAUACUUAGCUCUGCACUCAACAACAAUGCUUAUUUGCACAAUUGGAUUUACACCGCUUUCCUAUCAAUUUUCCAGCUAUUCUCUAAUUUUAGCUGGAGGCUUUAUAGGAUCAAUUUCACCUUUAUUUUUGGUGAUAGGUGGGAGCAAUUUUUAUUAUAUUUGUUUUGUUAUUGUUGUGUCUGCUGGUGAAAGCCUAUGGGUUCCGAGACUACUAGACUAUACAAUGAGAAUUGCACCAAAAGGGGAAGAAGGAACCUACUUGGCUUUAUGCAAUUGCCCAUUUUAUUUCGGAAUGAUUGUGACUGGAGUAUUUUCUGGUAGUUUAUUGGAAGUGUAUUGCCCUGAGAACGGAGAAAAUAACUGUGAAAAGAUGUGACUUAUUAUUGGUGUUUGUGGAAUAAUGAUCCCAUUUUUAUUGGUUGUUCUAAGUCCCUCUUAAUUCGAACAAAAAAAUUUUGUUAAAAUUUAAAAAUUAUUAUAAAAAAUAUACAAAAUAUCAUGAAAUUUUUAGUCAGAAUUCUAUUUACACUCGAAAUUAAAAUAGGGCAUAUUUCGAUUUUUGCAACAUUAAAUCUGAUAUAAAGCUGUUUACCUAUAAGCAAUAAACUUUGUUUCAAAUUAAAGGGGAGUUAAUUUAUAAAAAAAUAUGGAAUUUUAUAGAUAUUUUUUCCAAUUUAAGGGGGUUGUAAAAAAAAUGCUUGAGCAGCCAGAUACAGAAGAAAAUCCAUAUAUUUCCUGUGUAAAAGAAGGAAAUCAAAAUUACGAUAAAGUUCCUAUAAAUUAA